GCCUGAUACAUGGGCAUUAGCUGUGCAGCAAACUAAGAGGAACUUUAUCUGAAAACUUGUCUAUUUAGACGAAGUCCAGCAUGCACUUUCUCUCCCAGCAUAUCCCAGCAGCUCGGUGGGGCGCACACCUGGCUUGUGUAUUCAUCAUGAUCACCUUCUCUGGACCAGCUUCACCCCUUCACGCCCCUCCAGUGGCCACAGGUCUCCGUUCUGCUUUCUCCGCCACACGAACCAACAGUGUAGUGGGAGGCAAGCAGAAGGCCGUGACCUUCAACAGGCUCAUGGUCAACAUCGGAGGGGAUUUCAGUCCAGACACCGGUCACUUCCGCUGCCGCAUCCCUGGGGCUUACUACUUCUCCUUCUCUGUGGGGAAAUUUCCAAAGAAAAUGCUCUCUGUGAUACUGGUGAAGAAUGGAGAGGAGGUGCAGGCUAUAGCGUACGAUGACUACAGAAAGAAAGGGAGGAAAGUUCAAAGCCAAAGCGUCAUGAUCAGUCUGAAGGAGAUGGACACAGUGUGGCUGCUUCUACAGCAGAGUCCUCAGUAUGCUCUGUACAGCAAUGCUGGCCCUUACAUCAGUUUCUCUGGCUACCUCGUCUAUCCUGACGUCUCCCCAACCGGCUUCAUCAGCAACCACCUGUCCCCAUCAGGGCUGUCCUACCCAAACUGCCCCCCUCAGGCUGACCCCUCGGCCAGAGGUCAGACGUCAGAGCAGCCACGGUCUGCCUUCUCUGUGGCACGGACCUCCACAUUCAUAGGUCAGAGUAUUAGGCAACAGGAGAAGCCACCUCUGACCUUUGAUGUGGAAUACGUUAACAUCGGGGGGCAUUUCAACAAAACCUCAGGCCUGUUCACCUGCCACUUCCCGGGAGCUUACUUCUUCGCCUUCACUGUGGGGAAACACCCUCGUAAGGCUGUGUCUGUGAAGCUGAUGACCGGGAAGGGUGAGGUGCAGGCGAUGGUGUUCGAUGAGGACACUUCAAAGAGAAGAGAAAUGCAAAGUCAGAGCUUGCUGCUGGCUCUCCGUCGCGGCGACAAAGUGUGGCUGUACAGUCAGCAGGAUGAGCGUUACGCUGUCUACAGCAACCAGGGGAGGUACACCACCUUUUCUGGUUUCCUGGUUUAUCAUGAAGCAGAAACAGUCAGCUCUGAAUCUAUUAACCCUUCAUAACCCCAUCUGUUGUUAUUGUAGAAAAUCUGUAGAUCAUUUCUAUGUUGAUGGAGCAGAAGAAUAAUUAAUCUGUGGUCAGUAUAGUGUAACUACUUAAUACAUUUUCUUUACAGUAACUCCAGGGAUAUUUGUUGCCGAAUGACUCCACAAGAUGGUGCUAUGAUACAGUUAUUGACACUAACAACAUGUAACGUGGUUAUUUUUGUCCUUUAAGUGCAAUUAGCUGUAAGACAUUACAAAAAAUGUGUCUAUAUAACAACUUGUAGAUUAAAUGGCAAAUUUGGGUUUUGUUAAAAGAUAAAUUUACUUUUAAAAUUCUUUGUACUUAGAUGUUACAAAAAGCUUUUUUUACAUGUAAAAAUGAUGACUGCAUGGCAUGGAAUACUAUGUAAAUGAUGUAUAGUUUAUUAAAACCUACUGACUGUAAAAAUAAAAUUUAGAAUACAUCAUGGUCAUGUAGUGAUGAUAGGCUUAUUGUGUAACUUUUAUACUGUAGAUGUAUCUGUAUCUGUUUGAUGUUUUACAUGCGUUUCAAUAGAAAAAUAAACAAAUUCAUACACUUAAAAAUAAAUAAAUAAAUAAAUUUAAAAGGUGUUGUGUCUCCUAAUGUUAACAUGAUGCAGCCUGUUGCAUUGAGUACAAACUCACUGUCAUUUAAAUGUAUGUUGUCUGCGCAAAUGUUGAUCCUCACUACAACUAUUACUACUACUACUGCUGCCACUAUUAAAUGCUCUGCUACAGUGUCUCUCCUACUAUACACAGUAGCACCUGUAUUAGCACCUAGCCUCCUGAUACAUUUGCCGCCCACCCUGGCAAAAAUGAUUGAGGCUGAGGCUGUGGUACUUGCGCACACGCUGGUGGUAUUGUGAAACUAGACAACCUAAGGUAUCCAUCAGUUCUAACCAUGUUGAUACAGCAUGUCAGGAAGGGGCAAAAUAAUGUUCCAAAUUUAGGCUAAAUUUUGGUGAAGGAACAACUGGCAUGUCCAUUUUCAAAGGGGUCUCUUGAGCUUUCACCUCAUCUGAAUGAAAAUGGGUUCUAUGGAUACUCAAGAGUCUCACCUAAACUUGUUUUCUCCCUUACAAUCAAUGCACUCCUUCAAAUUAAAGUUGUACAUUUGUCUUUUUAAGGAAAAGGACAACCAGCCCGUCUGAUGAACCAUGAAUUGCCUAACAUGUAUAGAUACGUUGAAAUAUUAACUAAACUGAUAUUAGUCCAUGCACAUCAGAUAAUUAGUGAUAUUAACUGUAAAAUAAGAAACCAAAAAAUAUAUAUGUGUGCGCUUCCUUCACUUUCCAUAUUGACAAAGUUUUCAACUAGCCUAUGUACCUCAAAAGCAUAAGCAAAUUCCUGAAAUUUACUCU